AUGAGGCGACUCCUGAAUGUGGAGCAGGCACUGCAUCUCCUCUUUGAGCGGGAUGUAGCGGAGGGAAACGCGGAUCCGGAGUCGGAGCCAGAGAGUGAGGACUUUGAUGAUGAAGGGGAUGAUCCAUCGUUUGUGUUGGAAGAGGAGAGAGAGGAAAAGGAGCCUCCGACGAGCGCACCGAGUGGCACCCGGAGGUCCGCACAGAGGAGGGGACGGCGUAGCGCGCCCACACGGUCACGGUCUCCACUGACACAGGCGGCAGAGCCAGAGCCACGCCUCCACUCUGAGCCCUGGAAGACAGAGGAGGAUGCUGACACUGCCCCAGCAGUAAGCAGGUUCCAGCCACGGAGAACACCAGGAGUCCAGGUAGAGACACUUUCUCCACACAGUCCAAAAGACCUGUUUCUGUUGUUUUUUGCCACUGACACAGUCAAGCAAAUCUGCAGCAACACAAACAAAAAUGCUGCAAAAAACAAGGAGUUAGGGAAAAAGUACAAAUGGACUGACAUAGAGACAGAUGAUCUGUACAAGUUUUUUGGUCUUCUUAUGUACAUGUCUUUGGUGUCGCUGCCAAGUCUCCAAGACUACUGGAGACAAAAUCACGUUUUGUCUGUACACCUUCCAGCCAAAGUGAUGACACGAGACAGGUUCAGAUCCAUAUUUUGGAACAUCCACCUCAGUGAUCCUGAGGAGGAUGUUCAUAAUGACAGACAGAAGGGAACACCAGGCCAUGACAAAUUGUUUAGAGUCAGGCCUCUUUAUGAUGAUAUCCUCAGUGCCUGCCAGGCUUAUUACCACCCGAGGAGGGAGCUGGCAGUGGAUGAAAGGAUGGUGGCGACUAAGGCAAAAACUGGCAUGACACAAUAUAUGAAGGACAAGCCAACUAAAUGGGGGAUUAAACUUUUUGUAUUGGCCGAGUCAAGCAGUGGCUACACCAUCAAUUUCAGCAUAUACACUGGCAAGGCAGUAACUGUGAGUGAACAUGGGCUGUCUUAUGAUGUGGUCAUGAAGCUUAUUCAGCCAUCCUGUCUUGGCACUGGAUAUCACGUCUACAUGGACAAUUUUUACACCAGUCCCAAACUAUUCAUGGACCUGGCCAGCAUGAAAUUUGGAGCGUGUGGCACCUACAGGGAGAGCAGAAAAGGAUGCCCCAGAGGGAGGGAAAAUGCUCUCACCAAAAGAUGUGAAAGAGGAUCAGUGAGAUGGAUCAGAGAGGGCCCACUUGUGUUUGUGAAGUGGAUGGACACACGGGAGGUGUCUGUGUGCUCCACCAUCCAUCCUGCAUUUUCAGGUGACACAGUGCGGAGAAGGGUGAAGGACAGAGAUGGACGCUGGGCUGUGCGAGACUUUCCCUGUCCCACACCAAUCGUGGCCUAUAACCAGAGUAUGGGUGGGGUUGAUCUGUCAGAUCAGCUCAUACAGUAUUACUCCACCCACAGAAAAACUGGUCACUGGUACAGGACCAUGUUGCUGCACUUCUUGGACAUUGCAACAACAAAUGCCUUCAUCUUGCACCGUGAGAUGAGCAAUGCCAAGCAGGUGCAGCCCAUGACACAUAAAGAUUUCAUGGUGGAGCUGGUGAGUCAGCUUUGUGGCAUGGACAAGGAAGGUGUUCCUCAGAGCAGGAGAGCUGAUCAUGUUCCUGUGCCCAUUGUCACAGCCACAGAUGCAAGCCAAAAAGCCACAAAAGGCAGACAGAGGUGCAAACAUUGCCUCCAGGUGGACAACAGGAGGAGUGACACACCCUGGAAGUGUCAGGCCUGUGAUGUGCCCCUCUGUGUUGUGGUGGACAGGAACUGCUUUUCAGAGUGGCACAAAUAA